AUGAAGAAGGUUUUAUACUUCUACGAUGAGGAGGUGGGGAAUUUCUUUUACGGGCCGGGGCACCCCAUGAAGCCGCACCGCGUGCGAAUGACUCAUGACUUGCUCCGCUCUUACGGACUGCUGGACUCUUUGGAACUCAUGCUGCCGCCGCACCCCACAGUCGAGGCUUUGACGCGUUUCCACGCAGAUGAUUACAUUUCUUUUCUCCGCUCCACGGGAGAAGUCUUCGGGCCCCCUGCUGCUGCGCUGCUGGCCCAGCCGGAGCCCCCAGCAGCAGCAGCAGCAGCAGCAGCAGCAGCAGCAGCGGGGGGAGUUCCCGCGGGGGCGAACUCCGCGGCCCCCGUCCAGGGCCUCCCCCUGUUGUCAACGGGAACGCAGCAGCAGCAGCAGCCAAAGAGCCGGCCCAGGAGGCCCCCGGGGGGCCUCCAGGGGGCCCCGCGGGGGCCCCCCCCGCGGGGGGCCCCCUCGUUUGUGGAGCAAAUAAGCCGGUUCAACAUCGGGGAAGACUGCCCCGUGUUCGAAGGGCUUUGGGAGUACUGCAAGACUUACAGCGGAGGCAGCAUUGAAGGCGCGCGAAGAGUUGUGAGAGGAGACUUCCAGUGCGCCAUCAACUGGGCGGGGGGGCUGCACCACGGGAAGAAGCACGAGGCGAGCGGGUUUUGUUACGUCAACGACUGCGUGUUGGCGGCGUUGGAGUUUUUGCGAUUUAAACAUCGAGUGCUUUACGUCGACGUGGACAUCCACCACGGAGACGGAGUCGAGGAGGCCUUCUACACUUCCCCCCGCGUGUUGUGCUGCUCGUUUCACAAGUACGGGCACUUCUUCCCGGGCACUGGGGCCCUGGAAGACAUCGGCUUGGAAGAGGGUUUGGGCUACAGCGUCAACGUGCCGCUGCACGAGGGCAUCGACGACCAGAUGUACUCUUCCCUCUUCCAAAGGGUCAGAGCAGCAGCAGCAGCAGCAGCAGCAGCAGCAGCAGCAGAAACAGCAGCAGCAGCGGCAGAAAUAGGAGCAGCAGCAGCAGCAGAAACAGCAGCAGCAGCAGCAGAAAUAGCAGCAGCAGUAGCAGCAGCAGAAACAGGAGCAGCAACAGCAGCAAAAAUAGCAGCAGCAGCAGCAGCAGCAGAAACAGGAGCAGCAGCAGCAGCAGCAGCAGCAGCAGCAGCAGCAGGUGUUGGGUGUGUGCAGGUGAUGGACCAAAUAAUGGAAGUGUACCGGCCCGAAGCUGUAGUGUUUCAGUGCGGGGCGGAUUCUGUGGCUGGCGACCGCCUGGGCUGCUUCAACUUGUCGCUCGAGGGCCACAGCGAAGCCGUGCGUUACUUUUGCCGGCGCGAAGUGCCCGCGAUCUUCCUGGGGGGCGGCGGCUACACUUUGGGAAACGUCCCGAGGUGUUGGGCGAAGGAAACUGCCUGCAUUCUCGGCCUCCAACUCAGCCCCAAAAUCCCGGAGAGCUGCGUCUACCGAGGGUACUACGGGCCGAACUACGAGCUGAAGAUUCGCACGACGAACAUGGAGAACCGCAACGACGAGAAGUACAUCGACUCCAUUGUGCAGAAGAUCAGCACGACUUUGCGACAACACGUUUACCCAAUUGGGGGGCAGAUCUCGGCCAACUUCACUGAGGAAGAACGGCCUACGGGAGUCGUCCUGGCGAGCAGCUUUGAAAAUGAGGACAAGCACGGGGACAAAGAAGUCAACACGGAGCAUUUCUGCAGAGUUUCGAACCCCGGCUGUGCCUGA